AUGACCAUGACUCAAAUCACUACGAGCCCAAGACAGACGGGCACAGGAAACACUACUCCGGCAGUGGAUCGUACCUGCCCAACCUGCCAGCAGCUCUUCGAGAGCGUGCAGCUUCUCCGGCAGCACCAAAUCUCCAAGUGGCACAGACUCGCCUGUCCGAGCUGUGUGGAGACCUUCGUCACUGCGGACGCAGUAUCUCAGCACCAACGAGCCGCGCAUGGCUCGAAAUCAACAGAAGGGGGGUCGUGUUCAUCCCCUUCGCAACCUCAUAGAGGCACGGUAGCAAAGCCUCUCACUUCGGCUUCCAGUGCGCAGCCUCCUGAGCCGAGCCGUGCGGAUGCAGAGAACCAGCAGCAUCCUCGACUCGCUUACCUCACGGACAUGGAUGAGGUAGCGCUUCUCCCCAUGGAGAAGCCAGUGCAGUCUCCCAGCUUGGCUGUCGAGCCAGUCACUCUACGUAAGAGUGACAGUAUCACGACGACGACCACCACCACCACCACUACCACCACCACCACCACCAUCACAUCACCAGUCCUCGCAAAGGAGGACUUCCUCUUGGCGCGCCUCCUUCCGCGCUGCCACUCAGCCACCUGCCUCAACACACAGGGGUACAACCUCUCGGCAGUCGAGCCACCGUGGGCGAAGCCUUGGAACGGAGCGGUCCCCAAGUCGCUCUUCCAGCACACGCCCACCCACACCACCUCCACGCGGCCACGAGCAAGAAAGGCCGUGGUCAUCGACUGCGAGAUGGUAAUGGCAGAGGACCCCUAUGGACGGGGCCGGAGCUACAACGGGCUGGCUUACCUCGCGGCGGUGGACUUCCUGACAGGGGAGGUGCUCAUCAACCGCUACGUGCGGCCGGCGGGGCGGGUGACACGCUGGAUGACCCAAAUCACGGGCAUCUCGCCAGUAACAAUGAACGCGGCUAUCCGGCACGGGCAGGCGUUCGAGUCGUGGCAGGCGGCCCGCCAGGGGCUGUGGGAGUAUGUCGACCGCGACACAGUGCUCGUCGGACAUGCGCUGCACAAUGAUCUCAACGCCUUGGGGAUCAUUCACCCGCAGGUGGUCGACACGGCGAUCGUCACGGCCGAGGCGGUGUUCUCGACACGGUGGGGCGAGACGAGGCGGUUCCCCCGGCUGUGGGGGCUAAAGACCCUGGCGAUGGCCAUGCUGGGACGGCAGAUCCAGGCCAGUAGUCAGGGGCAUAGUGCCGUCGAAGAUGCGUUGGCAACGAGAGAUGUUCUGGUCUGGGGGUUGGAGAACCCCGUUCUUGUGGGGGAGUGGGCGCGUCGGGAGAGGAGACUCCGCGACGAUGUAUCGGGCGUGGGGCUGUCAGACAGUGACAGCGAGUCGGACGGUGCAUCUUGGUCCGACUUUUAUGGGGUCUCCGCCUCUUCUGGUUCGGAUUCCAUCUUCAUUUCCGACCCCGGUCGGAUGAAGCCCUCGACAUUCUGCUCAUUCAUUCAGACCGAGACUUUUAUCACAGAAGCAUUUACACAGCUUGUCGAGGUUUAUGACGUUCUCUUCCACUCCAAGUCAGGUCGGUACGGUGCACAGGAGCAGCACGACGUCGCCUUCCUCUUCCAUAACGUGACCCUGUCCGAGUCGCUCAGCCCCACCGACCAGGCCGACCAGAAGAAGACCUUCGAGCCGCUGAGCUACCUGAUGACGAGCAUGUGGAUUAGCUUUAUCAACACUCUAGAUCCCAACAAUAUCCCUACUAACCGAGCCAAGACCUGGCCCAAAUACAGCCUGACCGAGCCUGAGGCGUUGGUCUUCGAUGUGAAUGCCACCGAGCUCUGUCGGGUGGAGCUGGAUACAUAUCGGCCGGCCGCAAUUUCGCACUGGAUUGAGCUGUUUCAGACAAGCGAGUAUCCGAAAUAA